AUGUCCUGGUUAAAUCUGUCGUGCGAGGAUGAUUUUGUUUGUCCCAACAGAAGCUCGAACUCGACCGUAGUGCCGCCGUGGAGCAGUUACCAGCACGACACCCCGGUCACCGUUCUGUACAUACUAGUCUACAGUCUGGUCUUCAUCCUCUGUGUGCUCGGUAAUCUCGCAGUUUGCUGCGUGGUGGCCAAAACCAGGCAGCUGCACACCGCUACGUUCUACUUCAUCUUUAACCUGGCUGUCGCGGACCUGCUAGUGGCGUUGUUCUGUAUGCCCUUCACACUAGUGGCGCACAUUCUUGUGGAGUACCAGUUCGGUGACUUUAUGUGCAGGCUGACGGCGCUGAUUCAGGGCUUGUCUGUGGCAGCAUCAGUCUACACACUAACAGCUAUAGCAGCGGACAGAUACAAGGCGAUCCUGUUCCCUCACGAUGGUCCUAUGAACAUGGCGACUAUGAAGAAAGUCUUGGUCGCUAUCUGGAUGGCCGCUCUCGUGAUCAUGGUCCCGCAGGUCUUCGUCAUCCAGGUACGGAACGUCAAGCGCGUGGACCGGUGUACAGAGAUCUGGCCCGACCUGGUGUACAAGAAGGUGUACUCCGUCACGGUGAUUCUGCUCAUCUACAUCCUGCCGCUCAUGGUGAUGACCUUCCUGUACGUCCGCAUCGCCGAGAAGAUCUGGUUCCGGGCCGGGCUGCAGCAGCAGCGGGGCGGCAACAAGAGCGACAGCGUGCGGAGGAGCGAGUUCAUCGGCUCCGUCCCCAAGAGACGGAAACGCGUCAUCAAGAUGCUGAUCGUGGUGGUGACGCUGUUCAUGUUGUCGUUCCUGCCGCUAUAUGUCUGCUGGAUGCUGGAUGAGUUUGGUAACAUGCCCGAGUGGCAAGAAAACGUUGUCCACCACUUCGUGUACCCGUUCGCACACUGGCUCUCCUACUUCAACAGCUGCGUCAACCCCAUCGUGUACGGGCUGUUCAACCGAGACAUCCGCAAGAACGUGGACUGGGGCAGGUUUAGCCUGAUGACGCGCAGCACCAUCAUCACCGACAAAAGCUGUCGGUCCAGGCGGAGGGAGAACCACCAGGCACCGGCUGAUGAACAGGUUUACAACGUGCGACUGCAGAUGGAAACGGCUCUGUAA